AUGACCAAACUGAUAAUUGCGGCUUCAUCAUGGCAAUCACAGGUAGCAGAUUUGUUACCGUGCAAUAACUACAAGAAAUCCCAAUUAACGUAUUCUUUGUUAAGGGCUUACGGAUUAUUUGAAUAUUUUGACUAUAUCAUCGAACUUCCCAAAUGUUCCAAGCCUGAGCUGCUAGACUUUCAUCCUAGGGAGUAUGUGGAUGUCCUUAUGCACCCAGAUUUCAAUUUCGUAUUGCCGUAUGAUAAUGACGAAGCAACAUGGAAUCAUCUCAACCAUGUGGCUUUUGAUUGGAAAAAUACCCAUACAGACGAGCAAUUGGUUGAAAAAUUUGAAAUUAACGUGUGUCAAUCGAGAGAUAAACUUUUUGAAUUGUUUGAAGAACUCUCUGAUUCGACAUUGGAGCCCAAAAGCAAUCCCAAGAAGAGAUUAGCAUCUGAUCUUCUUCUAGAGGAACAGAAUGUGGCUAGUGACAGAAUUACUGACUUGGUGUCAGCCGAAACAAGACAACUUUUCAACUUAGAAGGAGAUUGUCCAAUAUUUUCUUACUUACCAAUGUAUCUACAAGUCACUACUGGUGCUACUUUAUCACUGUCAAAGUUUUUGGUACCAAACUCAAAGGACAGAACUAUAUGUAUAAAUUGGGAUGGUGGAAGACAUCACGCCUCAAAAAAGAAAGCAAGUGGGUUUUGCUAUAUUAACGAUAUAGUACUACUUAUCCAACGUAUGAGGAAAAAUGGGUUCAAAAAAAUUACCUAUUUGGAUUUUGAUCUCCAUCAUGGUGAUGGUGUGGAGAAAGCCUUUCAAUUCUCAAAAUCAAUACAGACAAUUUCAUUACAUCUAUUCGAAACAGGCUUCUUUCCAGGAACAGGUGGAUUAAGUAAUAAAGGAUCCCGUGACCUUAUAGAUAUACCAUUAUCUCAUGGAUUAACUGACGAUUACCUUUUUGAAUUAGUGAAGCAAAUAAUCAUUCCAGCAAUAGAUUUACACGCAGCUGAAGCUAUUGUAUUACAAUGUGGUGGUGACGGCCUAUCUGGUGACAAAUUUAACGAAUGGCAGUUGACUAUUAAAGGUCUUACACAGUGUAUAAUCGAUGUGAUUGGGAAAUUUUCCGAUUGUCAGAUUGUUCUUCUUGGUGGCGGAGGGUACAACGAGUUAUUAGUCAGUAGGUUCUAUACUUACUUAACCUGGAAAGUCGUCCAGAAAUAUUCCACUUUAUUGGAAGAGAACAAAUCCAUUAUUUCAGACGAUGAUACAGAACUUGUAGUGGAACAUGAAUAUAUCGAGAUGUAUGCAAACGAACACUAUAAAUUCUGGAUAUAUGAGAUAGAAGGCAGCUCCAAACACCGUAUUCUCAAGGACUACAACGAACCAGGAUCUAUAGAGCGGUUUAAGAGACAUUACGGAUUAUGUAAUGAGGACGGUUGA